UUUGCCAUUUACUUCAAUCUAAUCUCUUCUCUUUAUCGCCUCUUUGUUCUUGAUGUCCAAAGAUAAAAUGAACAACCCCUAAACUCUAAACACAUAUCGGGUUUCUAUCUUCUAAAAAGAAGAUUAUAUUUUCACUAAAAUUAGCAAAAGUGGAUCCUCGAGUCUAUGGGAAGAUGCCCUUUGGAGGCGAUGAACCUGAAGCAAAGGAAGAAGACGAGGAAGAUGAGAACUUGUUCCCUGCCUUCUCAGCUCGAUCUCAACACGACAGGCGUGUUAUGGUCUUGGCUUUGACUCAAGUAAUCGGAAACCAACAGAGCAACUCUCACGAUAGUCCUGUGUAUAAUCCACAAGACCCUAGUAAGCCAGUUGCUCCAUCUCAUCAAGAUCAAGGAAACUCGAUGGGGAGGAGACAUUAUAGAGGCGUAAGGCAAAGGCCAUGGGGAAAAUGGGCAGCUGAAAUACGAGAUCCACAAAAGGCUGCACGUGUGUGGCUUGGGACAUUUGAAACCGCUGAAUCCGCAGCCUUAGCUUAUGAUGAAGCUGCUCUUAAGUUCAAAGGAAGCAAAGCUAAACUCAAUUUCCCGGAGAGGGUUAAUGAUAUCAGCAAUGAUCAGCUAUCAAACUCUACCUAUUACUCCUCCAAUCAAAUCGAGCCGAAAAAUAUACCAUACUAUAACCAAUAUUAUCAAGAUGGGAAUAAUACUGAUAUGCUAAGGUCUAGUUUAACAACUAGUACUACUGCCGCAACAACUUCUUCGUCUUCUGGUGGCUCUUCUAGGCCACAAGAAGAGCAAGAUUAUGCCAGAUUUUGGCGGUUCGGGGAUUCUUCUUCCUCUUCUAAAUCGGGUUUGUGAGAUGAUAUAUAUGUAAGACAUUUGGGUUGCUUGUGAUGAAGAGAUGAUAUGUUCCUUGAAUGUUUCUGAUGUUUUGUCUCUUAUUUUAUAGUUCGUUAAGGUUACCUGAAAGUGUAAGUUCACUAGAGAUCGUUAGCUUAAUUGGAAAGAACCAUGGUUAUUGUA